GCCGGCCCGGCCCCAGGCUUCCUGUGUGCGCGCCCGCCCGCUACUGUUUCCCCGCGGGAGCUCGUUGGGCCACCCCGGCCUACCGGCCCCAUCCCAUGGCCCAGACCCCCGACGGCAUACCCUGUGAGUUACGAGGCGAGAUCACCAGGUUCCUGUGGCCUAAGGAGGUGGAGCUGCUGCUGAAAACCUGGCCACCCCAGGAGGGCGCUGAGCGUAACCACGUCCUGGCACUGCUGCGAUGGAGAGCCUACCUGUUCCACACCUGCCCCCCACUGAAGGUGGAGUGUACAUUCAGCUACCUGGAGGUCCAGGCCAUGGCACUGCAGGAGACGCCCCCUCAGGUCACCUUUGAGCUGGAGUCCCUGACCGAGCUGGUCCUGGAGUUCCCUGGUGUGGCUGCUCUGGAAAAGCUGGCCCAGCAUGUAGCUGCGGCCAUCAGGAAGGUUUUCCCCCGUUCCACCCUUGGGAAGCUGUUCCGGAGGCCUACACCCCCCUCAAUGCUGGCUCGGCUGGAGAGAAGCAGCCCCUCAGAGUCCACCUUACCCGGCAGCCCCUGUGGUGGCUUCUUGGAGACAUAUGAAGCUCUGUGUGACUACAAUGGCUUCCCUUUUCGAGAAGAGAUUCAGUGGGAUGUGGACACCAUCUACCAUCGUCAGGGCUGCCGCCAUUUCAGCCUAGGAGACUUCAGCCACCUUGGCAGUCGGGACCUGGCCUUGAGUGUGGCCGCCCUGUCCUACAACCUGUGGUUCCGGUGCCUCUCCUGUGUGGACGUGAAGCUGAGCCUGGAGGUCUCAGAACAGAUUCUGCAUAUGAUGAGCCAGUCCUCGCAUUUGGAGGAACUGGUGCUGGAGACCUGCGGUCUGAAGGGGGACUUUGUCCGGCGAUUAGCCCGGGCACUGGCAGGACACUCGAGCUCUGGGCUACGGGAGCUCAGCCUGGCGGGGAACUUGCUGGAUGACAGAGGUGUGGCUGCACUCAGCAGGCACCUCGAGCACCGUCCAGGAGCCCUGAGGAGACUCAGCCUAGCGCAGACUGGGUUGACUGCCCGAGGAAUGCGGGCUCUGGGCCAGGCACUGGCCACCAAUGCUGCCUUCAGCUCUGCCCUGAGCCACCUGGACCUUUCUGGAAACCCUGGGGCUCUGGGGCCCUCUGAGGACAGCGGGGGCCUCUACAGUUUCCUGAGCCGUCCUAAUGUCCUCACCUUCCUGAACCUCGCAGGCACCGAUACUGCCCUGGACACUCUCUUUGCAGCGCUGUCCGGUGGCUGCUGCGCCAGCCUCACCCACCUUGACGCUUCGAGGAACGUCUUCUCCCGCUCGAAGUCCCGGGCUGCCCCAGUUGCACUGCAGCUCUUCCUCAGCCAGGCAGGGACGCUACAGCAUCUGGGCCUGGAGGGCUGCAAGCUGCCUCCUGAUGCACUCAGGGCCCUUUUGGAUGGCCUCGCACUCAACACACACAUCCACGACCUGCACCUGGACCUCAGCGCUUGUGAGCUACGAUCGGCCGGCGCCCAGGUGAUUCAAGACUUAGUGUGUGACGCAGGCGCUGUGAGCUCCCUGGAUCUGGCGGACAAUGGCUUCGGCUCAGACAUGGUCACACUGGUGCUGGCCAUCGGGAGGAGCCGGUCCCUGAGACAUGUGGCACUUGGAAGGAACUUCAACGUCCGGUGCAAGGAGACCCUGGACGACGUCCUGCACCGGAUUGUCCAGCUCAUGCAGGACGACGACUGUCCUCUGCAGUCUCUGUCCGUGGCUGAGUCACGGCUGAAGCUGAGCACUAGCGUCCUGCUCCAGGCCCUGGCCACCAACCCUAACCUGACAGCGCUAGAUAUUAGCGGCAAUGCCAUGGGGGACGUGGGCGCCAAGAUGCUGGCCAAGGCGCUGCGGGUCAACACAAGGCUCCGGUCUCUGGUCUGGGAUCGGAACCACACAUCUGCUCUGGGCCUGCUGGAUGUAGCGCAGGCUCUGGAGCAGAACCACAGCCUGAAGGCCAUGCCUCUGCCAUUGAACGACGUGGCCCAGGCGCAACGCAGCCGCCCGGAACUGACGGCUCGUGCAGUCCAUCAGAUCCAAGCCUGCCUCUUGAGGAACAACCGCACAGACCCUGCCACUUCAGACCGUGCUUGUUGCCUUCAGACAACAAGUCUGAUCUCAGAACCCUCUGAGCAGGAGGUGAACGAGCUGUGUCAGUCGGUGCAGGAACAUGUGGAGCUGCUCGGUUGUGGGGCUGGGCCCCAGGGCGAAGCUGCCGUGCACCAGGCCGAGGAUGCCAUCCAAAAUGCCAACUUCUCUCUCAGCAUUCUCCCCAUUCUAUAUGAGGCCGGUAGCUCCCCAAGUCAUCACUGGCAGCUGCGGCAGAAGCUGGAGGGCCUCCUGGGACAGGUGGGUGAGGUCUGCCGCCAGGACAUCCAGGACUUCACUCAGGCUACACUGGACACAACAAGGAGCCUCUGCCCUAGGAUGCUGCAGGGACCCCGCUGGAAGGAGCAGCUAGAGGGGGUCCUGGCAGACUCAAGGACCCUCCCAGAGCUGCUCCCUGAGCAGCUCCUGCUAGAUGCCUUCACUAGACUCAGGGACAUGCGACUGUCAGUCACAGGGACCUUGGCAGAGAGCAUUGUGGCUCAGGCUGUGGAGGGUCUGUGUGAAGCCCGGGACCAGCUGGUGGAGAGUCUGGCUCAGCAGGCCACAGUGGCAGUGCCCCACUCCCUGCCAGCACUGGAUGGAGGCGAGCCCAGCCCCCUCAGGUCUGGGGAACUGGAAGAUCUUUUCUUCCCAGAGGAGGAAAAGGACAAGGAAGGGAAGGAAAAGGAAGAUGACUGUCCUCCAAGGAAAUGGCCUGAGCCCAUCCACUGUCUUCGCCUGGUCCCCUCCACUCACAUGAAAGAUGCUGGGCAGCCGCGGCGAGGACAAUCCUGCGUCUACUGCACGUCCCGCGGCCUGCUGGUGACCGGAUGGUUUGGGGCGUAUAAGAUACUCCGUGGGACAGGAACGGGUGUGGGUUGGGCGUGCAUGCCAGGCUGGCAGCGAGUGAGAGAAGGUGUGAAGUCCGGCCUGCAGCAGGACAGUGGGAGGGCUUGCAGCGGCAGCCCCCUAGGGUCACCCCAUAAACGAAACCCUGGAGUUACCCAGGUCAGGCUGCUGGACUGGGAAGAAAGAAGAGAUGCCACAGUUGUACCAGCUCUGACCCUUUGCCUCCAUGGUGUUCCCCAGGUGCCUCCUGCCCUGCCACAAGAAGGGAAUGGGCUCAGUGCCCGCGUGGAUGAGGGCGUGGAGGAAUUCUUCUCGAAAAGGCUGAUCCAGCAGGAUCGCCUCUGGGCCCCCGAGGAGGACCUGGCCACCGAGGGGGGUGCUACUCCUGUCCCCCGUACACUACGAAAGAAACUGGGUACCCUCUUUGCCUUCAAGAAGCCUCGCUCAACACGGGGCUCACGGCCUGAUCCAGAGACCAGCCCUGGGGCAGCUCCCCGUGCCCGAAAAACCACACUUGGGGACCUGUUGCGACCACCAGCUCGUCCCAGCCGUGGUGAGGAACCUGGUGGGGCAGAGGGUGGCACCAGCAGCCCUGACCCUGCCCGCAGGAACCGGCCUCGUUACACACGGGAGAGCAAGGCCUACUCCAUGAUACUGCUGCCUGCUGAGGAGGAAGAGGAGGUGACACUGGCUGCCAGAUCCGACAAGCGGAGGCCCCUGGAGCGGGGAGACACUGAGCUGGCCCCGUCCUUUGAACAGCGGGUACAAGUGAUGCUGCAGAGGAUCGGUGUCAGCCGAGGCAGCGGGAGCACCGAAGGCAAGAGGAAGCAAAGCAAAGAUGGUGAGAUCAAGAAAGCUGGCUCAGACGGUGACAUUAUGGACAGUUCCACGGAGACCCCUCCUAUCUCCAUCAAGUCUCGCACCCAUUCUGUGUCUGCCGACCCCUCCUGCAGACCCGGCCCAGGGGGUCAGGGGCCUGAGUCAGCCACCUGGAAGACACUGGGACAACAGCUGAAUGCAGAGCUCAGAGGCCGUGGCUGGGGCCAACAGGAUGGUCCAGGCCCCCCCUCCCCUUGUCCCAGCCCAAGUCCCCGCAGAGCUAGCCCCUCCCCAGACAGCCUGGGCCUCCCAGAGGACCCUUGCUUAGGCCCCAGGAAUGAAGAUGGCCAGCUGAGGCCGCGGCCUCUCUCGGCAGGGCGACGAGCAGUGUCUGUGCAUGAAGACCAGCUCCAGGCCCCUGCUGAUCGGCCCCUGCGGCUGCAGCGCUCCCCUGUCCUCAAACGCAGGCCGAAGCUUGAGGCCCCCCCAUCCCCAAGCCUAGGAUCUGGCCUUGGAACUGAGCCUCUGCCCCGACAGCACACACAGCCCUCCAGCCCUGAGCACAGCCCACCCUCCCCAGCCACAGACCAAAGAGGCGGCAGCACCAACCCCUGAUCCUCUCCUAUCUUGCC